CGGGCUCGGCGCGCGCGGGCCAUGUCCGCCUUCUGCCUGGGCUUUGCCGGCCGCGCUUCAGCACCCGCCGAGCCGGACAGCGCCUACUGCAUGGAGCUGCCUGCUGGCGCUGGGGACACAGUUCGGAGUCCCGCCGCUGCCGCCGCCGCCCUGAUCUCCUUUCCCGGGGGCCCCGGGGAGCUGGAACUGGCAUUAGAGGAGGAGCUGGCGCUACUGGCGGCCGGGGAGCGGCCGUCCGAUCCCGGGGAGCAUCCUCAAGCCGAGCCCGGGCCUCCGGCGGAGGAGAACGGAGCGCAGCCACCGGCCCCGCAGGACCCGGAGCUGCUGUCGGUGAUCCGUCAGAAGGAGAAGGAUCUGGUGUUGGCGGCCCGCCUGGGCAAGGCGCUGCUCGAGAGGAACCAGGACAUGAGCCGGCAGUACGAGCAGAUGCACAAGGAGCUGACCGACAAGCUGGAGCACUUAGAACAAGAGAAACAUGAACUGAGAAGACGAUUCGAGAACCGAGAAGGGGAGUGGGAAGGGCGCGUGUCAGAGCUGGAGAGUGAUGUGAAACAGCUGCAGGAUGAGCUGGAGAGGCAGCAGGUUCAUCUUCGGGAAGCAGAUCGAGAGAAAACUCGGGCUGUCCAGGAACUGUCAGAACAGAACCAGAGAUUAUUGGAUCAACUCAGCAGGGCAUCUGAAGUUGAGAGACAGCUCUCCAUGCAGGUCCAUGCCCUCAGAGAAGACUUCCGAGAGAAAAACUCAUCUACUAACCAGCACAUCAUCCGGCUUGAGAGCCUUCAGGCUGAGAUCAAGAUGCUGUCAGAUCGGAAACGGGAGCUGGAGCAUCGGCUCAGUGCUACCUUAGAGGAGAAUGACCUGCUACAGGGGACUGUGGAGGAGCUGCAAGACCGGGUGCUGAUUCUGGAGAGGCAAGGCCAUGACAAAGACCUGCAGCUGCACCAAAGCCAGCUAGAGCUCCAGGAGGUGCGACUAUCCUACCGGCAGCUGCAAGUGAAGGUAGAGGAGCUCACAGAGGAGAGGAGCCUGCAGAGUUCUGCUGCCACCAGCACGUCCCUGCUGUCAGAGAUCGAGCAGAGCAUGGAGGCUGAGGAGCUGGAGCAGGAGAGGGAGCAGCUGAGACUGCAACUUUGGGAAGCCUAUUGCCAGGUUCGCUAUCUCUGCUCACACCUUCGAGGAAACGACAGUGCCGACUCAGCUGUAUCCACAGACUCCUCCAUGGACGAGUCCUCAGAAACCUCAUCCGCCAAGGACGUGCCCGCUGGCAGUCUGCGCACUGCCCUUAAUGAGCUCAAGAGGCUGAUACAGAGCAUUGUGGAUGGCAUGGAGCCCACGGUGACGCUGCUGAGUGUGGAGAUGACUGCACUGAAGGAGGAGAGGGACCAACUCAGAAUGACAUCUGAGGACAAGGAGCCAAAGGAGCAGCUUCAGAGGGCCAUCAGGGACCGGGAUGAGGCUAUUGCAAAGAAGAACGCUGUGGAGCUAGAACUCGCCAAAUGCAAGAUGGACAUGAUGUCUCUCAACAGCCAGCUGUUGGAUGCCAUUCAGCAAAAACUGAACCUCUCGCAGCAGCUUGAGGCUUGGCAGGAUGACAUGCACAGGGUCAUUGACAGGCAGCUGAUGGACACACACCUGAAGGAACAGAGCCAGCCUGCUGCUGCCUUCUCCAGGGGUCAAGGUGCAGGGCGGGGGCAUGAGCCCAACACCAUAGAUGGCAAGUGGCUCUUCUCCUUCUUCAGGAAAAUUUAAGUUGGGAGGAGUUAGGCCAUUGAGGAUGGGGGACUAGAGGCAAUUCAAAAGGCAGUACAAUCAUCUCCCUGCCGCCCCCAGCUGGGACUGGGCAGCUGCACUGCCUGUCCACCUACCCUGGGGCCCAGUUGGUCCCAGAAGCCCACUCCCUUUUGUCAGUGCAAUGGAGACUGAGGUGGAGGCCUGACUUGGCCUCUGAAGGCUGCUCACCAACAAGGGACAGGCAGGAACCCUGUCCCCACUGCCCAGCCAAGCCUGAGCCUGGGCUUCCCCAAGAUCCUGUUACAGAGCAGGGUUCAAGUCACCUCCUGCACAGGCCCUUGAUGGGCUCUGCCAGCUGAUCACAGCCCACCCUAAAGGCUCUGCUGCCUCCUUGGGUGUAGAAGAUAGGGAAUAGAGAUGGAGGCCCUCCUGUGCAUGCCUCAGGAGACCCAAGCCUCUACUCCUUCCCUGGCUACUGUCCCUGGAGUAAGGGGCAACCCAGCCCCUCACACACGUGCAUGCACCUCUGCUGGAGCCCCUGUAUGGCAGGAGGCACAGCCUGCAGCUGUGGGGCCUAAGAGCUGGGCUGUGCCCCAAGCUCUGUUGAGGCCAUCCUGUACCCCAGGGAAGGUCUUGUCUUCUGGCUGCCACUACUUCUCAGCUUCUUCCAGUGCAGUCCUUACCCCUCUAGUGAGGCCUAGGCCAGGCAGUGUUCCCAUUGGUCCUCUGUAGGCUUUAGCCAACCAGCCCUUUCCUCUUCAUUGGGUAGGGCCAGGAUGACACUUGUCUUCCACAGCCCCCUCCCACCUCAAAUACAACUUCUUGGCCAAGCCGAGCAAGUACAGGCCACAGGAUGGCCUCAGAGGGGCCUAAUCAACCAUCCUCACAUUGAAGGCAGGGUGGGUGCCCCAGGGUGGAUGAGGUGAGGCUGCUGGGAGCCUCCAGAUACUGCCCACGAGGCCUACAAGGGACAAGGCCUGCAGCCUGCUUCUGCUCCUUCCACAGCAGCCCCCCCAACCUCUGCUGAGGCUCCCAACCCAGAGGCUAGGUGAGGUCAGCCCCCAGCUGCUUCCCACUGAUCAGCCUCCUGCCCUCACCAGGGAAAAGCACAGCAGGGAUGAGUGGAAAGAAUGUACUUAUAGGUAUGUACAUACCACAGUGCUGUAAUUUUGUAUGUAGCAAUCAUGUAAAUACAUGUAUGGAUUUUAUAAUAUACAUAUAUAAAUCUAUAAAGGCAUAUUUUUAGAAAAACAGCGCAUCACUGCUUCUUUUGAAAAUAGUCUAAAUAAGAAUAAAAUGAAUUUCUACAGA